GGUGGGUCAUCCAACACCACAACAGUAACUAACUACACACUGAUUUGUUAACUUAUCAUCCUCAUGGUGAGGAGGAACCGUUGACUUAUAUCAAGAUUCACUCUAUAAAAACCCUAACCUUCCUUCCAUAAACAACAACAACAAGCAUAUACACCAUGGCAUCCCUCCCCACCUGCUCCGCCGCUGAGCUAACCCCUCUCCUCAGCUUCACCGCCAACGCCACGGCCGCAGCCGACUACAUAUGCAACCGCUUCACCGCCACCUCGGACAAGUUCACCACCACCACAUACGCCAUAGACAACACUUACCUCCUCUUCUCAGCCUACCUCGUGUUCGCCAUGCAGCUCGGGUUCGCCAUGCUGUGUGCGGGCUCGGUUCGGGCCAAGAACACCAUGAACAUCAUGCUUACCAAUGUUUUGGACGCUGCUGCCGGAGGUCUCUCGUAUUAUAUAUUUGGGUUUGCUUUUGCGUUUGGUGGUCCGUCCAAUGGCUUUAUUGGGAAACAUUACUUUGGGCUGAAGUCCAUUCCGUCUGCGGUUUAUGAUUAUAGUUUCUUUUUGUACCAGUGGGCAUUUGCUAUUGCAGCUGCUGGUAUUACCAGUGGAUCUAUUGCUGAGAGAACUCAGUUUGUGGCUUAUCUCAUUUACUCUUCCUUCUUGACAGGUUUUGUGUAUCCUAUAGUGUCACAUUGGGUGUGGUCUAGUGAUGGUUGGGCUAGUGCCUCAAGAACAAGCGGCAGCCUCUUGUUUGGAUCAGGAGCCAUCGACUUUGCUGGCUCAGGUGUGGUCCAUAUGGUGGGUGGGAUUGCGGGUCUAUGGGGUGCGUUAAUCGAAGGUCCCAGGAUUGGACGGUUCGACCGCUCGGGGAGGUCCGUGGCAUUACGAGGCCACAGUGCCUCACUUGUAGUUUUGGGCACAUUCCUUCUAUGGUUCGGUUGGUAUGGGUUUAAUCCAGGUUCUUUUAUAACAAUCUCAAAAUCGUACGACACUUCGAAUGAUUACUAUGGUCAAUGGAGCGCGGUUGGAAGAACCGCGAUAACCACCACACUGGCAGGGUGCACUGCAGCACUAACUACUUUGUUCAGCAAAAGACUGCUAGUGGGCCAUUGGAAUGUGAUUGACGUUUGUAAUGGGUUGCUAGGCGGUUUUGCCGCCAUUACCUCGGGCUGCGCAGUGGUGGAGCCGUGGGCUGCAAUCAUCUGCGGCUUCGUUGCAUCCUGGGUUUUAACAGGAUGCAACAAGCUCGCAGAAAAGUGCAAGUACGACGACCCACUCGAGGCUGCGCAGUUACACGGAGGGUGUGGGGCAUGGGGUCUAUUAUUCACUGGUUUGUUUGCGAAGAAACAAUACGUGCACCAGGUGUACGCCACCGGACGGCCAUACGGCCUUUUCAUGGGCGGUGGUGGAAAGUUACUAGCCGCGCAGAUAAUCCAAAUACUUGUGAUAUUCGGAUGGGUGAGCGCAACAAUGGCCCCGCUUUUCUAUGCCUUGAAAAAACUCAAUUUGUUGCGUGUAUCGAAAGAAGAUGAAAUGCAAGGAAUGGAUAUGACUCGACAUGGUGGAUUCGCGUAUAUUUAUCAUGACGAAGAUGGUAGCUCUCACCCGCCACCCGGGUUUACGAUGAGAAAGAUUGAACCGGUAAGUGCAAGUCCAUCACCAAAUCACAACACAAUGAACAUUGUUGUGUAACCUUAUUAUUUCUGGUUUGAAUUAUAGUCGCUAUCAGUCAGUGAAAGUUAUAUAAAAAACUUAUUAUUAUUAUUCUUAUCAUAAGCGGGUUGUCAACACUCUAACUGAGAUGGUUAUCGGGUCAGCAACAGUGAUGCCUUUGAGAUUCGGGAUCAACCUGAGAUAAAUGUGAUAUUUUACAUGUUAGUCACAAUGUUGUGUUUGAUGAUAAUAUUCCUUUUGAGGACUUGUAAUGUCAUACUGUUAUCAUUUCGUAUUCCACGUAUAAUAUAAUUAAUUUGUGAAUAAAAUGUAAGCAAAGAUAAA